AUAACCGGUUACUACAUACGUUUUAUACCCGUGUCAAUGAUCCACUUACUUCCUUGUCGCAAAACGAGAGAAUAUGGCUGUGAUUAUGAUAAAAUCUGUACUUUUGUUUGUCUUUAUCGCUGCAAGUUUAGUAACUGGGAAAAGAGUUUACAACAUGAAGAUGGGAAAGGAUCCUGAUAAAUUUUAUUGGGAGAAUUGUAAUAAAACUGUUACCCCUCUUGCAUUUAGAGUCCUUUCCUUGUCUCCAAACCCAAUAAAGUAUGGUCAGGACCUUUUGAUUACAGCUGAACUUGAUGUCACUAAAAUCAUUGGUACCACACAUUCUUUAAAGGCUGAGGUGACUGCAAAUUUAGUUGUUGGAGACCAGAAGUACUCCAUGUGUGACUAUAAACCAGAGUAUUGCCAUAUUCAGGAUGUGUGUAAGGCAAUAACUGACCUUAAGCUGCCAUGUCCAGCCAUUGUGAAGAAAAAAGGGAGCAAUUGUGAAUGUCCUUUAAAACCUAAUACUUACUCUGUGAAGCAGAUCAAGAUACCUGUACCAAAUCCAGGAGUGCAACUUGAAGGCCAUUAUCAGGUCCAAGUAAAUCUGUCAGAGAAAAAUGAGCAAGUUGGAUGUUUCUUUGUUAACUUUUGUCUUGGGUCAUGUUCAUCAGAUUAAAGGAGGCCUGGUAUACUUGAUUAGAUGAUUGAAUGCAUAAUACUUUCCAUUCUGAACAACAAAGCAAAAAAGAUAACAAAGAAAAAAGAAUUAUUCAGCAAAGUGAAAAUCUGAUUAAGAUAUGCAUACAUCAAAAUAGACAAUUCUAAAAAAAAGCACAUUCAAGUUAUGUUUAAAAUAUUUGAAUGGGAAAAAAUGUUUUGAUAAGAACUCUUACAUACAACUGUUUAUAUUUUAUUUUGUCAACUAUGAAUUUCAUUGUUAAGUUUAUUUCAGUCUCAUCAUUCAUUUACUGUAUAUAUGUCAUUAGUUAUUGCUGCAAACGUUUUAAAUUCAAAAAAGGGUUUUCAAUUUGUUUUAUUAUCAUUGAUUUUAGACCAUUCCAUUUCCACAAUAGAUGUGGAUAAUAUCACACUUUAUGUGAAUGAUAUUAAAUUGUAUGUGACUGAUCUCGCACAGUAUAUUAAAAAGUAUAUGACUGAUAUCAUACUGUGUGUGACUGAUGUCACACAGUAUGUGACUGAUAUCACACUGUAUGUGAAUGAUAUCACAAGGUAUGUGUCUGAUAUCACACUGUCAGUAAUUGAUAUCACACUGUAAUUGACUGAUAUCAUACUGUUUGUGACUGAUAUCACACUGUAUGUGAUUGAUAUCACACUGUGUGUGACUGAUAUCACACUGUCAGAGACUGUUAUCACACUGUCAGUAAUUUAUAUCACACUGUAAGUGACUGAUAUCAUACUGUUUGUGACUGAUAUCACACUGUAAGUGACUGAUAUCACACUGUAAGUGACUGAUAUCACACUGUAAGUGACUGAUGUCACACUGUAAGUGACUGAUAUCACACUGUAAGUGACUGAUAUCACACUGUAAGUGACUGAUGUCACACUGUAAGUGACUGAUAUCACACUGUAAGUGACUGAUAUCACACUGCAUGUGACUGAUAUCACAUUGUAUGUGACUGAUAUCACACUGUCAGUAACUGAUAUCACACUGUAUGGUAUCAUAUGUUGGUGAUAUUAUUUUGUAUAUAGAAAAUAGGACACUGUUUUUUUAACAUUCUUUUAUAUGCAGGCAUAAUGUGUUUUUGUUCUUUUUUUUAUUUUACUUCUGUAUAAUAAUCAGAUGGUGACAAGUAUUUUUAAAGUCUCUAAUAUCUCUUUUCUAUUUUCUCCUUGCUUUAAUUUAAUACUUUUUCAAACCUAAUUUUUAUUCCCAAAAUUUAUCUUAUCUGAAGAUGCAACACUUCCUUAACCAUACAAUUAUGUAUUCAUCACAUGUUUAUACACGUGUUUGUUCAUUUUUUAUACAAGGUGUUCUUUUACAUUUAGUUAUAUAAUAUAUGUUUUUCUUUUAUGUACUGAUAAGUUUUCUGAUUUAUUUGAUUUUUGGGGGUGUUUUUAGAAGGACAAAAUAUUUCUUUCCUAUGUACUAUUGUGAUCAAAUAUCUGUUUUUAUUGCAUUAUACUGGUAUGUUUUACCUUUUUACUGGUGUAUGUUUACAUUUCUAUGAGUUUUGUAAUGUGAUAUCUGUCAUAGAUAUCAUCUGGGUACUUCUUAAGUCCAUAUCAACCAUAGAUAUUUAAUAGCAAUAUGAAUAUAUUCGUGGUAAUGUUACUGUAUAAUUUUAGGUGUUGAAAAUAUCUGUUUUGCUUUCACAUAUUUCAUUUAGAUCUGUUUUGGGUUUUUUCAAAUAAAUUUUUCAUUUUCAUA